AUGGUUUGGGUCAGAAAGCAGCCUGGAGUAGGAGCAAAUAAACAAGCACCAAAUGGGAGCAAAAAACAGGACAACCAAGCCAGUAACUGGGAGCAAGACUCAGAAAUAGAACACAUGGCCCGACCAAUUGAUCCCAAUGAUCUUAAGCCUGUCACAAGUCACAGAAAAAUGCGCCGCAACCACCCUACAGGGUUCACAGACUCAAGCAACACUGAAACACUUUGGGGGCCCAUCUAUCUUCCGGGUCUCUGGCCUUUGAAAGUGCCAAGCAUCAAAUUAGCCAAUUUCCUGGACCAUAAAGCCGUUGUUGUAACAGACAAUAUCUCUGGUAUGACCAUCUCUCCUCUCAUGUCCCAGCAGUCAAUAAUAUCCUCUAUUGGCAGUGACGAUGAGGACAGUGCUAUUGCAGCUCAUGCCAGAGCUAAACACCGCAUCUCUAUUUUAGAGGACGAAUUGAACACGCUCCAAUCAGUGCUGAUGAAGAUCUACUGGAUUCAGUGCCCACAAAAUAGAUACCAGCAGAUGAUGAUAUACUUGCCAUUCAUGAAGUGUAAGCUGGUUGAAUGUGACAUUCAACAACUUGACGAGCUCUACAAAGAUCUCCGCAAAGGCGCUAAUAAUGCCCGUGGAGAUAAUGCAAGUAACCUGAAGUAUGCACUAGUAUCAUGGCUGAUUGGAAUGUACCACCCACUGGAACAACCUCUAAAUACCUCUACAAAGGACAACAGGGGUUUUGAGAAUCGAACAACUGGUUCCUUGUUGUGCCCCAUAGAUUAUGACUGGUCUGAUAAUGUGGUCCAGAAGAAUGUCCGGGAGUGUCAUCGUGACUUCCUUGUAACUGCGGAUUCAUGGCCUACAUUUUUAUAUGAAUCACCCUCUGAAUACAAUCAGGAGGAUCCUGAUUGUGGCUUGUUCCAAUCAUCACUGCUCCUGAAGACUUUCAAACUCAUAUUCACAUCUCCGUCUUCUGCUCAAGAGGAUAACAGGCUGGCUAGUGUACCUUGGGAUAGACCUCACCAUGGAGAAAAAUCCACAAGCAAUGUUCUGGAUUGGUUUGAAGGGCCCGGCAAUGUUACUCACCAAAAGCAUGUGAAAGAGCUAUUACUAUGGUGGGAUGGUCAAGUCUUCGGGAAAAUUUGA